ACACCAACAGCGAGGGAGGGCGUGGUCGGAAACGGUGGUUAGUGUGGCUUGAAGCGGGCUCGUACUUGGAUUGCAGUGACGCGGGUUGGGUGACGGUCAUGGACGUGUCGACAACGUCGACGGCUUCGCAACGGAGGCGGAAGAAGCGGAUGCGCAGGGUGCCGGACUCGAUCAAGUCGAGCGAGGGGCUGGGUGGGGAGGAGGCAGAGGCGGUUGAUCGCUUGCUGAGGGAGAACCGUGAGCUGAAGAACAAGAAUCGCCUGCUGGAGUUCAAGAUCCAGGUCCUCACCGACAUGCUCACCUGCGAGCGGCUGGACUCGCUGGCCCGCGAGCAGCUGCUGCUGGAGCAGACCCAGCAGACGUGA